CAAAAAACUGGUGGAGGGGUUGGGGGAGAGGAGCUGGGGUAUGGGGUGAGGAGCUCCCUGGGGUUUUUGUUUUGCCACCCCCCAGAGGUGAGAACACUUGUGCAGUGGGUUUCCAAAGGGCUCAGCUCCCCAAAACUGCUUAGAUAAAAGGCUCAUAUGCUGACCCCUGUAUGACCUUACCUGCCUACCCCUGUAUGACCUUACCUGCCUACUGACUCCUAGCAUCUGUGUGCUGAUCAGAUCACACUGUUGAACUCCUAACAUAUAGGUCCAGCAACAUGUUUCAGGUGCCAUUGCCUCUGGAUCGAGAUGGGAUCCUCUUCCAGCUCCGCUUUACCACCCUGGCUAUUGGGACCGUGUGUUGCCCGCUGUUUGGAUUCCUUUUCUGCGUGAUCUGGUCUCUGCUGUUCCACUUCAUGGAAACGACAGCCACUCACUGCGGUGUAUGUCCAUGCAACAUGUUUCAGGUGCCAUUGCCUCUGGAUCGAGAUGGGAUCCUCUUCCAGCUCCGCUUUACCACCCUGGCUAUUGGGACCGUGUGUUGCCCGCUGUUUGGAUUCCUUUUCUGCGUGAUCUGGUCUCUGCUGUUCCACUUCAUGGAAACGACAGCCACUCACUGCGGUGUCCCCAAUUACCUGCCCUCUGUCAGUGCCGCGAUCGGCGGCGAGACACCUCAGCGCUACGUCUGGCGUUUCUGCAUUGGCCUCCACUCGGCGCCCCGCUUCCUGGUGGCCAUUGCAUACUGGAACCACUACCACAGCUGCCACUGCCCGCACCCUCGCUACCCGCGGCUGUGCCACAUCAACUUCAUCCUCAAUGUGCUCGAAAACGUUGCUCUCCUUUUGCUGACCUACGUGUCUUCCUCAGAAAACUAUGCAAUCCACGAAAACGCCUUCAUUCUCUUUAUCACCUCGGCCCUGCUUCACAUGCUCCUGACCUGCGUUCUGUGGCGUAUGACUAAGAAACACACAGUAAGUCCCGAGGAGCGCAAGUCCUACAGAUGGAAGCAGCUGCUCUUCCUCUUUAACCUCCUCACGUUCCUCUUGGCCGUGUGCGUUUACAUCCACCACAACUGGUACUGCGUGGCUGGAGCCUACACCCUCUUUGCUUUCCUGGAGUACCUGGUGGUGCUUUCCAACAUGGCUUUCCACAUGACCGCCUGGUGGGACUUCGGCAACAAGGAGCUGGUGAUCAGCUCGCAGCUGGAAGAAAAACGUUUCUAGGGCGGCCCCGGGCCGGACGAGCGUGUUGCCCGCGCUGCCUCAGGAGUCCUGCGGCUGGCGCGAGCGUUGGGGCCAAAGAGCCUCCAGGAGCGAGGCUGGGUAGGGGGGGCAUUGAUGUGCCUCGAGAGAAAACCAAAAGCGUUCUUCAGGGAGAUGUCGCCAGGACCUCCCGGGGCUACCACGGGAGCGGCCGGGACCCUGUCGGGCUGUGGCAACUGUUCACAACACCUCCACCGAGACAGGAGGGUGGGGCUUGUAGGGGGAUGGGCUAGUUUUGCGCAGGUAAUACAGCAACCUCGCCAUGGAUCUGUCAGUGCCAGGAGAGGAGCAGGGAGUGGGAGCCGAGGGGCAG